AUGCAAAUUAUAACACAAUUGCUUCGUUUGCCUUCAACUGUCAAUAACCAUUUACCUUUGACUGAAAACACAAAUAUUAUUAAUCAACAACAAGAACAAUAUCAAUCACCUCAAAAACAAAAACAACAACCUAAUCUUUACACUUUUAUUAAAACAAUGUUAACAAACCAAGAAGAGGUAGAAAGAGCACAACUCAUUUUACAAAAUGAAAGUUUGAAUAUCCCAUUUUACAUUGGUAGAGCCGCUGUCCAAGCACAACGAAUAAAUGGGAAACUGGGUUUCAGUGCAGAACUAACUUUUAGGGUUAGAGAAGGCAGAUUUCAUUCUAUGGAUGAAAUUAUUGGAAGAUCAUUUCGAAAAGAGUUCUCCGAGCACAACUCGAAAAGACCCAUGAUACCAGGAGAACGCAGUUUCUUUUAUGUUGACCUCAUUCCUGUUCAUUUUAUUGGUGGAACAGUCGAAGCUCCUAUAUUGGUUGUUUACCCUACAAGCAAAAAGAUAUUAUCAACGAACAUUUCAAGUUAUGAUGAAUGUUUUGAUGAAGAAAGAAUUGUACUUCAAUAUUUGGCUAAAAUCGAAUCCAAAAAUAUUAAUUGCAAAACGGAGCACCAUGAUUAUUGUGGCUCAAGUCAACAAGUUCUUUAUAUCAGAUAUUAUAACUAUGACAGAGAUAUUUUCCCAUGUUGUUAUAAUAGAUUUAACUCUUAUAUAAGAGCUUAUCCAUAA